AUGGUGAGCAAAACUGAAUCUGCAGUAUACACACAUGGUCACCAUGCAUCUGUCCUCCGGUCCCAUACAUGGAGAACAGCGCAGAAUUCGGCUGCAUAUCUCCUGCCCUACCUCAAGCCAGACAUGAAGUUACUUGAUAUUGGCUGCGGGCCCGGGACAAUUACCGUUGACCUCGCAAGUUAUAUCCCCCAAGGACACAUCACGGGGCUCGAAAACGGCGAAGGCGUGCUUACCCAAGCUCGAGCCCUAGCGGAGGAGAAAGGUGUCGCAAACAUUGAUUUUGUUUUGGGAGAUGCCAACGAGCUUGCCUAUGAUGAUGAAGCCUUCGAUGUUGUCCUGUGCCAUCAAGUCCUGCAACAUGUUCGUGACCCAGUCAGGAUUCUGCAAGAGAUGAAACGCGUCGCCAAAGUAGGCGGUAUUGUGGCCGUUCGUGAAUCAGACUAUGGCGCAUUUGUGUGGUACCCAAAUUCCGAGGGCAUGGGAAAUUGGAGGGACCUCUACCACAAGGUCACGAGACACAACGGUGGUGAGCCUGAUGCCGGGCGCAUGCUUCAUGCGUGGGCCAAACAAGCCGGUCUCACCGAUAUCAAAUGCAGCUCCAGUACAUGGUGCUAUAGUAGAAAGGAAGAAAUCGCGUGGUGGAGUGGACUCUGGGCCGAAAGGACGGUUGCAUCGUCUUUUGGGACGACAGCAAUCGAUGCUAAGUUGGCCACCAGUGAAGAUCUCAGUAACGUGGCUACGACCUGGCGAAAAUGGGGUGAUGAGGAAGAUGCGUGGUUCAGUGUGCUGCAUGGGGAGAUUAUUUGUCACAAACACUAG